CGGCUGGAGGAGAGACAGCGGACAGCCGGCAAAGCAGGUGUCGGGAUUGAGGUAGCCGGAAAGUCCGGCGCGCCGCCGACCCUCACCUGCUCCGAUCGCAGCACGGACGGCAUGGCGAUGCAUGGCUCAGCCCCAGGCAGUCGGCAGCUUCACCUCAACCCUUAGCAACGGAAGCUGCAGAAAUGACUAACCGAGAAGAAGCCGAGAUACAAAUAUCAGAAUUAGAUUUACUCUCUAGCAUGUUUCCAUAUGAGGAAGAGUUCACUGUGACCGACCAGCUGGCAGUGGCAGAACUAAAGCACUUCAUUGACAAUGAGUCUGCAGAGAUGCCAUCUUCUAAAAUUCAGUUUGUGCUGAAUGUGAAGCCAGAGGACUCUAAUGCCUCUAUGGUAAAAUUUUCUAUGGUCUGUGCUUUACCAUUUGAAUAUCCAUCUGUUCUACCAGAAAUUACCGUGAGAUCACCAUUAUUGAGCCGCUCUCAACAAGCCCAGCUGAACUUAGAUCUAAAAACGUAUUUGAUGCAGAACUGCAGUGGUGAGCCUUGCAUGUUGAGUGCCAGAGAAUGGAUUAAAGACCAGGCAGCUGCUUACAUUGACAGAGAACUUUCAUCUUCCUCAGUGACGACAUCUAAUGCUGUUCGGUCAGAGGACGUCGUUUUCACUAGAUUGUGGAUCUAUAGUCACCAUAUUUACAACAAGCAAAAAAGGAAAAAUAUUAUAGAAUGGUCCAAGGAACUCUCUCUGUCAGGAUUUUGCAUGCCUGGGAAACCAGGUGUUGUUUGUGUAGAAGGUCUGCAAAGUAGCUGUGAAGAGUUCUGGUCAAGAAUAAGAAGACUCACAUGGAAAAGAAUACUAAUUCGGCACAGAGAAGAUAUUUCUUUGGAAGGUGGAUGUCUUGCUGAGAUUCAGAAACAAAGAAAGUUCUCCGCUUUGGAAGAAAAAUGUUUUGAUGCACAUGGUGCUAGAGGAAAUCAUAUGGAUUUGGGGCAGCUAUAUCAAUUUUUAGAAGAAAAAGGAUGUGCUGACAUUUUUCAAAUGUACUUUGGGGUUGAAGGGCAUUAAAUCAUCACAGGUCCAACUGCCUACAUUUCUAAGUUAAUCCUCAUAACAGAUUCCUUAGCUUUUCUGCAACAGUUGAUCAGAGAGGAAAUUUGUAAUUCUUUCUUAAUGUGAUUUCCAGUUUUCUAAGAAAACAAGUAAUCAACGACAGCUGAAUAAUGAAAAUGACUGAAUGAAUGGA